CUGUUACAGUUGUUGUUAGUGGCGUCUUUCUCUCAGGCUGAGGAGCCGGUGUGCAGGCUGAGAGGGGAUCCUGAGAGUCCUCAGCUGUCUAAGGACGGGGACAUUAUGCUGGGGGGAAUCUUCUCUUUCCACAGCAGCUGGAAGGAAAGAAGAGAUACCUACAUGCACAAACCACUGCCGCUGGAAUGUAUCAGUUUGAAUUUCAGAGAGUUCCAGUUUGCCCAGGCUAUGCUUUUUGCCAUUGAGGAGAUUAACAACAGCACAGACUUGCUGCCUGGCAUCUCUCUGGGAUAUAAAAUGUAUGAUUCUUGUCGAUCAAUUGCAAGAGGUGUGAGGGUUGUACUGGCUUUGGCUAAUGGUUAUGAAAUUGUAUCUGCACCAUCUGAGGCACCAUGUACCAGAACUGCACAGGUGCAGGUCAUUAUGGGAGAAAGUUCUUCCUCUCCAUGCAUGGGUAUAGCUACUGCUAUUGGACCUUUUCAUAUCCCACUGAUCAGUCACUUUGCCACCUGUGCUUGUCUCAGUGACAAAACCAAGUACCCAUCCUUCCUCAGAACAAUACCCAGUGACUACUACCAGAGCAGAGCUCUAGCCCAGUUGGUCAAGCACUUUGGUUGGACGUGGGUUGGAGCUAUCAGAACCAAUGAUGAUUAUGGUAAUAAUGGGAUGGCUACAUUCAUAGAAACUGCACAGCAGCUGGGAAUCUGUCUGGAGUACUCUGUGUCUUUCUUUAGAACAGAUCCACCAAAUAAAGUACAAAAGAUAAUUGACAUUAUCAAGGCUUCCACCUCCAAGGUGAUUGUCGCUUUCCUCUCCCACAUGGAUAUGGAUGUGCUAAUACGUGAGUUGUCCCGCCACAAUUUGACUGGAUACCAGUGGGUAGGCAGUGAGAGCUGGAUCUUUGAUUCCCAAACUGCAGAACUGGAUACGCAUCAUAUUCUGGAUGGUGCCAUAGGCCUGUCCAUCCCCAAAACACAUGUCAGCGGCAUGAGAGAGUUCAUACUGGAUGUGAAGCCACUCAAUUCAUCUAGUAAUGAAAUGUUUACUGAAUUCUGGGAGACGUUAUUUAGCUGUAAGCUCAAGCAGUCAGAGUCAUCAGCAGAGAAUCAGAGAGAAUGUACUGGACAUGAAGAUUUGACUGGAGUGCAUAACAGCUUCACUGAUAUGUCCCUCAUGCCUAUAUUUAACAAUGUUUACAAAGCAGUGUAUGCUGUGGCUCAUGCACUUCAUAGUAUUCUGGGCUGUAAUGAAACAUGUAACAACAAGGUGCAGCUAGAUCCAUUCACGAUUUUACAGCACAUAAAAAAGGUUCACUUCAAAACAAAGGAAGGAGAUGAGGUUUUCUUCAAUGAGGACGGAGACCCAGCAGCAAAGUAUGAAAUUAUAAACUGGCAGCCAAGAGAAAAUGGCAUUGUGGACUUUGUCACAGUUGGUCUCUAUGAUGCAUCUUUACCUGCAGAAAAGCAGCUGAAUCUGCACAAUAAGACUUUAAUUUGGGCAAAGAACUCAACACAGGUGCCUGUGUCAGUCUGCAGUGAGAAAUGUCCCCCAGGAACUCGUAAGGUUCUCCAGAAAGGAAAGCCUGUCUGCUGCUAUGACUGUAUAAGAUGUGCAGAGGGAGAAAUAAGCAACAUUACAGACUCUGUCACCUGUGUGAGAUGCCAACCUGAAUUCUGGUCAAAUGAGAGAAGAGAUGCUUGUGUAAAGAAGGAGGCAGAGUUUCUAUCAUAUGAAGAAAUUAUGGGAGCACUGCUCACUGCAGCGUCACUGUUUGGAACAUGCAUGACUGUAGUUGUUGCAUUCAUUUUUUUCAGACACAGGAAAACUCCUAUUGUCAGGGCCAACAACUCUGAGCUGAGCUUCCUGCUGCUCUUCGCCUUGACUCUGUGUUUCCUGUGCUCUCUGACCUUCAUCGGCCGGCCCUCUGAGUGGUCCUGCAUGCUGAGACACACAGCAUUCGGCAUCACCUUUGUCCUGUGUAUCUCUUGUGUUCUGGGGAAAACUAUAGUGGUGUUAAUGGCCUUCAGGGCCACACUUCCAGGCAGUAAUGUGAUGAAAUGGUUUGGACCUGCACAGCAGAGACUCAGUGUUCUGGCUUUCACUCUCAUACAGGUUGUUAUAUGUAUCCUGUGGUUAACAAUUUCUCCUCCUUUUCCAUUGAAGAAUUUUAAGGACUUCAAGGACAAAAUCAUCUUAGAGUGCGCUCUGGGCUCAGCUCUGGGCUUUUGGGCUGUACUUGGGUAUAUAGGAGUUCUGGCCAUGUUAUGUUUUGUUCUUGCUUUUCUGGCUCGGAAACUGCCUGAUAACUUUAAUGAAGCCAAAUUUAUCACCUUCAGCAUGUUGAUAUUCUGUGCAGUGUGGCUCACUUUCAUUCCAGCAUAUGUCAGCUCUCCUGGGAAGUUCAGUGUUGCUGUGGAAAUAUUUGCUAUCCUGGCCUCCAGCUUUGGACUGCUCAUUUGUAUUUUUAUUCCAAAAUGUUACAUUAUCUUAAUGAAACCAGAGAAGAAUACAAAAAAGAACAUGAUGGGGAAGGCAGCACCAAAAAGUUGGCCUGAGCGAGGUUGGGCACUGUUACAGUUGAUGUUAGUGGCGUCUUUCUCUCAGGCUGAGGAGCCGGUGUGCAGGCUGAGAGGGGAUCCUGAGAGUCCUCAGCUGUCUAAGGACGGGGACAUUAUGCUGGGGGCAAUCUUCUCUUUCCACACCAGCUGGAAGGAAAGAAGAGAUACCUACAUGCACAAACCACUGCCACUGGAAUGUAUCAGUUUGGAUUUCAGAGAGUUCCAGACUGCCCAGGCUAUGCUUUUUACCAUUGAGGAGAUUAACAGCAGCACAGAUAUGCUGCCUGGCAUCUCUCUGGGUUAUAAAAUGUAUGAUUCUUGUGGAUCCAUUGCCAGAAGUGUGAGGGUUUCACUGGCCUUGGCUAAUGGUAAUGAUAUUGUAUCUGCACCAUCUGAGGCACCAUGCACGAGACCUGCACAGGUGCAGGCCAUUAUAGGAGAAACUUCUUCCUCUCCUAGCAUGGGUAUAUCUACUGUUAUCGGUCCAUUUAAUAUCCCACUGAUCAGUCACUUUGCCUCCUGUGCUUGUCUCAGUGACAAAACAAAGUACCCAUCCUUCCUCAGAACAAUGCCCAGUGACUACUACCAGAUGACAGCUCUGGCCCAGCUGGUCAAGCACUUUGGUUGGACUUGGGUUGGAGCUAUCACAACCAAUGAUGAUUAUGGUAAUAAUGGCAUAGCUACAUUCAGAGAAACUGCACAGCAGCUGGGAAUCUGUCUGGAGUACUCUGUGCCUUUCUUUAGAACAGAUCCACCAGAAAAAAUACAAAAGACAAUUGACAUUAUCAAGGCUUCCACCUCCAAGGUGAUUUUUGCUUUGCUCUCCCACAUGGAUAUGGAUGUGCUAAUACAUGAGUUGUCCCGCCACAAUUUGACUGGAUACCAGUGGGUAGGCAGUGAGAGCUGGAUCUUUGAUUCCCAAACUGCAGAACUGGAUACGCAUCAUAUUCUGGAUGGUGCCAUAGGCCUGUCUGUCCCCAAAACACAUGUCAGCGGCAUGAGAGAGUUCAUACUGGAUGUGAAGUCACUCAAUUCAUCUAGUAAUGAAAUGUUUACUGAAUUCUGGGAGACGUUAUUUAGCUGUAAGUUCAAGCAGUCAGAGUCAUCAGCAGAGAAUCAGAGAGAAUGUACUGGACAUGAAGAUUUGACUGGAGUGCAUAACAGCUUCACUGAUAUGUCCCUCAUGCCUAUAUUUAACAAUGUUUACAAAGGAGUGUAUGCUGUGGCUCAUGCACUUCAUAGUAUUCUGGGCUGUAAUGAAACAUGUAACAACAAGGUGCAGCUAGAUCCAUUCACGAUUUUACAGCGCAUAAAAAAGGUUCACUUCAAAACAAAGGAAGGAGAUGAAGUUAUCUUCAAUGAGGACGGAGACCCAGCAGCAAAGUAUGAAAUUAUAAACUGGCAGCCAAGAGAAAAUGAUGUUGUGGACUUUGUCACAGUUGGUCUCUAUGAUGCAUCUUUACCUGCAGAAAAGCAGCUGAAUCUGCACAAUAAGACUUUAAUUUGGGCAAAGAACUCAACACAGGUGCCUGUGUCAGUCUGCAGUGAGAAAUGUCCUCCAGGAACUCGUAAGGUUCUCCAGAAAGGAAAGCCUGUCUGCUGCUAUGACUGUAUAAGAUGUGCAGAGGGAGAAAUAAGCAACAUUACAGACUCUGUCACCUGUGUGAGAUGCCAACCUGAAUUCUGGUCAAAUGAGAGAAGAGAUGCUUGUGUAAAGAAGGAGGCAGAGUUUCUAUCAUAUGAAGAAAUUAUGGGAGCACUGCUCACUGCAGCGUCACUGUUUGGAACAUGCAUGACUGUAGUUGUUGCAUUCAUUUUUUUCAGACACAGGAAAACUCCUAUUGUCAGGGCCAACAACUCUGAGCUGAGCUUCCUGCUGCUCUUCUCCUUGACUUUGUGUUUCCUGUGCUCUCUGACCUUCAUCGGCCGGCCCUCUGAGUGGUCCUGCAUGCUGAGACACACAGCAUUCGGCAUCAUCUUUGUCCUGUGUAUCUCAUGUGUUCUGGGGAAAACUAUAGUGGUGUUAAUGGCCUUCAGGGCCACACUUCCAGGCAGUAAUGUGAUGAAAUGGUUUGGACCUGCACAGCAGAGACUCAGUGUUCUGGCUUUCACUCUCAUACAGGUUUUAAUUUGCAUACUCUGGCUGACAAUCAACCCUCCGUUUCCUUUCAAGAAUUUGUUGCUCUAUAAGGACAGAAUAAUCUUAGAGUGCAAUCUUGGCUCAGCUGUAGGCUUCUGGGCUGUGUUAGGAUACAUCGGGCUUCUGGCUGCCCUGUGUUUCAUCCUUGCUUUUCUGGCUCGGAAACUGCCUGAUAACUUUAACGAAGCCAAAUUUAUCACCUUCAGCAUGUUGAUAUUCUGUGCAGUGUGGCUCACUUUCAUUCCAGCAUAUGUCAGCUCUCCUGGGAAGUUCAGUGUUGCUGUGGAAAUAUUUGCUAUCCUGGCCUCCAGCUUUGGACUGCUCAUUUGUAUUUUUAUUCCAAAAUGUUACAUUAUCUUACUGAAACCAGAGAAUAAUACAAAGAAGAAUAUGAUGGGGAAGGCAGCACCAAAAUCAUUCUGA